CUCGACUGCAAAGGAAGUGGAUGAAAUUAAGCUCCCGUAUGGAGGAUGAAGGUAUCGAGCCAAAGUUUGAUGAUAUCCUGAAACUGGUAAACGAUAGUGUCAAUCAAUCUAUUAGCAAGUUCGCCAGUCUAUUACAUCUCACCCCUAGAAUAGAGCAGUCUGAGAGCAAAAUGCAAUCAUUGAUGACGAAAGGGUCUCGCAGAGGUGGAUAUCGAGAAGGCUAUAUGGUGUCUAUUAAUGCAUAUAGACCUAGUGAGUGUAACAGGUUUCGUAGUACAUCCUCAACAGAUAGGUUACAAGAUGCAAGACAAACACGGUUGUGUUUUACACGUUUGCAAGAGGUGCAUACAGAAGUGAACUGUGAACCAGUGAGCAAGUUCAGUGAUAAGCUAAAUGUAAACUCCAGGCCUGACUCCGAAUUGUGUGACGAUAACGGUGUUGUGAAGAAGUCUGUAGUUGCAACUGGUGAGCCAUUGUUGAAUAGAGUGUCACAGAAUAGAGUUGCUGCUUCAGAGUGCAGUUCUGACUCCAGAAGUUUACAAGGUAUUACUAUUCAGAGUGAAGAUAUAAAACCUUUAAUGAUUUGUGAGGAGGAACCAAAAUUGUCUACUUCUGUUAUUAAAGAGUUGUAAGGCGUUGUAGGCGUACUGCUGUAAGUCCUACAGUUCUUCAAGGGUAGUUUGUCGUGCCAGAAUCCACCACAUUUGAUGUGUUGAUUGUACAUAUGUUGGUGUUAAAUAACUGUGUGAGUUCCAAUUAUUGUAAUUGUUGGUUAAUCUUGUUUGUGUCUGGACAUUCCACAACUUAUAAUCUUCAACCUGAGAAGGGUUGUAGGCAUACUGGUGUAAGUCCUGCGAUUCUUCAGAGGAAUUCCAUGAAGACAUGAUUUGCGAGGUUAUUUGCACUGUUUGUAUAUACGUGUGGUGUGUCAUAUCAAUUGGUGGUGUUUUGGAUUCAUUGUGUUCUCUCGUUGUUUUCGUACCUUGUUGUUAAUGCAUAAUUUUGUUAAAGUUUUCGUCGUGAUUACUUCUGAAGUUGUUUCGAGUCUUCUACAUCCAUGAAUGAAUUGAUUGAUGUUAGAGACAGCAGAUGGGUCGUAUACGCCGGGGAGGCUAUUUCUGAGGAUGAAAUGCACACGGAGAUAAUUGUUGGCUGCGGUCCCACACGCCGGGGAGAAAGAGUGUAAACGACUGAGGCUCGCAUACGUCACCGUUACUAGAACUGAGGCAGAAUGAGUGACAAGCGAUUGCAGUGGUAAUUGGUGGCGAGUAGAUACGAGGAUGUGCGUAGAGUAUCAUGAGUUGGUGCUAUGGUCACGUUGCAUUCUGCAAGAGUCAUUCUAGCAAGUGGCGAUUGUGUUGCAAGAUGUCAAGAGGAGGUCUCUGUCUGGAGUCGCAGGUCGUCAGCGAUGUGUGAGAUUGUGCUGUGGGUAUGCUUGUG